CCAACAUUGACCCCAAACAUUGUUUCGGUAACUCCACUCUCAACAUCAACUGCGACGACUCUCAGUGGUAUGCCGCUCUCAACAUCUCUAGCGUCGUACAACCCGGCAGCACAGCACCAGGAGAUGGGUGAUCAUAGGUCGCAACCGACAUGUUGUCUGGACUGCUCCCCUUGUCCGACAAGCCCUCUGAGCAUCGAAUGCCCUAUCUUUAUUUGCGUUUACGGCAUCACCGGCUUCUACUCCUCCUGGCAACGCUAUCUCUUCAUCGCUAACAUCGCCCUUGCCGUGAUCGCCAUUCCCCUGACCGUGCUGCGCGGCAUCGCACAGAUCUACGUAACUAUCAUGGGCUUCAUCUCCUCCAUCGUCAUAUAUACCGUACUCACCCAUCGGAAAAACUUCUCUGAUCCGUCGCAGGCGGCGCCGCAGACUGUGUUUGACGCGGAAUACUUCCCUGCCUGCCAGUUUUUCUCGGGGUGCUGGAUACUAUCCAUCUGGUGGCUACUCCUGCGCAGUGGUAUCAAAGGAACUGCUAUCCUACCGGCUGGAAACCGCAGCACCGGGCCGCACGAGUUUGCCUUCGAUCCAGCCGCGGCGCGGGGUUCCUUUCAGCAGCGCCUGCAGACGGCGAUGCUGUCCGCGGCCAUCCUCGUCCUGGCGAUCAUGGGGUUGACAACCGUGGCGGUCGUCGCAAUGGAUCUCAGCGAGUAACUUGAUAUCUCCGCUGUCGUGGUUGCGUCGGCAUCGGAGUACCGUAUCACGAGCCCGUGUUACGCGGGCGCCGGGGGAUGAUAAACAAGUGGGAUGGUUCGCCUGGCAACAUCUUCCGCCAAAAAAACGAGCUUCAGCUCGUGGCAUCGCCGACACCUGUAGAGAUGACGGAAAGCAU